AUGUUGGAUGAACUGACGUACAGAUCGCCAAUAAAUUGGGAUGAAAUGGGAGAAAGAAAAUUCCUUGGGUCUGAGUCAGUGAAUGAAGUCAUUGGAAAGAUUAGAGCUUGGAUGAUUGCAUCUCAAGACUGGCAUAAUAGUUAUGUAGACCUGCGUAGAUAUGUAGAAUGUGUGGUUGGUGAUUAUGUGUUUUUGAGGGUAUCACUGAUGAAGGGGGUAAAAAGAUUCGGUAAGAAAGUGAAGCUAUGUCCCAGAUAUGUAGGACCUUUUGAGAUAUUAGACAGGGUUGGGCAAGUGGCUUAUAGGUUAGCCAUGCAUCCAAAUUUAUCACAAAUUCAUAAUGUUUUUCACUUAUCGAUGUUGGGGAAAUACGUGUCAGACCCGUCUCACAUUCUUAGUUAUGAGACGAUGAAUUUGCAAGAAAAUAUGUCUUAUGAGGAGGAACAAGUACAAAUUUUGGAUAAGAAAGAAAAUGUGUUAAGGAAUAAGAUUAUUGCACUAGUUAACGUUCUUUGGAGGAACAAUGUGGUCAAGGAAGCAACAUGGGAAUUGUAG